GCGUCCAAUCAAACAGACGACGCCUUCAAGUCUAGCUGCACGCACGAGAGUGGAGUUGGAGUCGUCGGCAAUAUUUCGUGACGCUUUUUUGCUCGGUUUUUUGGACACACACACACACACUCAGCGAGCGAGAGAGAGAGAUCUUUUUGCAAGCCUGCCCGGCAACGCGUGUGAUUGAAAUUGCAAAAUCUAAAUUUAAAAUCCAACCAGAAAAAAAAGAAGAAAAGGAAAUUCUAAAUCGAAUCUAAAGUGCAGUGAAUGUAAGACUGUCGCCAGCGAAGAGCUUAUGUUCAAGAGUGUUUAAUUAAGUGAAAAGUGCUUAACUAAAGUUCUCAUCUUGUAAUCAAAUCAAUUCAAAUACUAAACCACCUAAAAUGAUGCAGCACAGCGCUCUACUGCCUCUGGCCCUCGUGCUGAUCUCCUGCGGAGCGGCUUUCGCCUGCCAUGGCAAGCUAAUCGCAUCGGGCAUCACCGCCGAGGAGAAAUCAAUCAUCUUGCAGGAACACAAUCGCCUCAGGCAACUCGUUGCCACGGGUCGCUAUCCGGGCCAGCCGGGCGCCGAGAAUAUGCGCGAGAUCGUCUGGGACGACGAGCUGGCCGCCCGCGCCCAGCAAUGGGCGGACAACUGUCAGUUCCGGCACGAUCCCCAUCGCACAAUAAAUCGCUUCACCAUGGGCCAGAAUCUGGCUGUCAUCUGGAGCACGGCGCCGCUGGAUCCCGACGACGGUGAUUUCCCGUCGCGCAUCCAGAACUGGUUCAAUGAGGUGCAAAAGUAUUCGUUCGGCGACGCCUGGUCGCCCAAGACGGGCCACUACUCCCAGCUGGUGUGGGGCGAGACCAGCCUGGUGGGCUGUGGCUUCUCCGAGUACAAGGAUACGAUCAAGUACAACAAGCUCUACGUGUGCAACUACGGACCGGGUGGCAACGUGGUUGGCUACAAUCCCUAUGAGGUGGGCAAGCCAUCGUGCGCCACUUAUGGCAUGAAGCCCUCGUCACGGUACCAGGGACUGUGCGCCGCGCCAGGCGCCGUGCCGGCGGCCCCCAACAGCGUCUAUGGUGGCAACACAAUUGAAACGUAUGAGUACAGCUACAGCUCUUCAGCUAGCAAGAGCAACAGCAACAGCAACAACAACAAGCCGACUAACAACAUUAACAAGAGCCUAUUAGCAAACAGCAAACAGAGCAACAGCAACCAAAAACAAAAUAAUCCCAAUCAACCACUUACCCCCUCCUCCUCCUCCCAAUUCCCUAAACAGGCAGCACCAUCAUCAUCUCCACCAGCAGCAGCAGCAGCAGCAUCGACGACGUCAGGCGGUAGCUCCUCUGGCACCCAGGCACGUGGCAGUAGCCAGGCCUAUACAACGGAGAGGAAUCAGAGGCAUUCCGGUCGGUAUUAUCACAAGCUCGAGGCAUAUCGUCCCAGUGCAACGGAGUUCCAGAAGGCCGUACAAAAGCACACUAUACUACGCACCUAUAUAGAUCAGAAUCCGAGCGAGGAGAAGCAGCAGGAUGCGGCAGCGGCAGCGCCAGCGCCAGCGGAGGACGCGCCCGUAUCCAGCACACCGAAGCCCAGUCGUGGCUGGAGCCUUUUGAGUUGGCGCGGCUAGAGAGAGGGAGAGAGAGAGAGAGAGGGGGGAGAGAGUGGAUAUGCCACCUCAUCUCAUCACCUCAGCUCCUCCCACUGCCCAGCACUGCCAUGCAACCAAUAUGCCGCAGAAUGUAUUAGCUCACCCGCCCAGUAAUAACUACUAUGUAGUGUCAUUAGAACCAUCUUCGAUUCUGAGCUUCCCAGCUGACUAUGGCUCCUACUCGCUCUAACCUGUCCAACUGUCCCAACUAAUAUGUAGCAAAUGUUAGGCUCUUCUACUCGUAUUUAGACAUUCCCCAUAAGCGAAUUGCCAUAUGAUGUAGCGUACAUACUAUGCCCUCUAGCCUUAGCAUCAUUUACUCUGCUAUUAUCAUGCUGAUAUAUUUUUAAAAUUAUUUAUAUUGUAUUAUUGAUAACGUCAUUCAGUCGAUUAGCUACCGAAUAUUUGUAUCAAAUGUUUGUACCAAAAAAACACUAAAAAAAACCU